CCACGUUUUUAAGUUUUUAAUUUUGCUCUUCCUCUCUGUACUGUUCACUCCGUCGUCUCCAGAUUCUUCCAUGGCUUCCGUUCUCCCAUCUUCUCUCUCAUUCAGUUCACCGAGCAGCUUCACCUCCACAGCUUCCGAUCAUUUCAGGUUUGGCUAUCCGGCCACUCAAUUCGGCACCGUCGGUAAAUCCCGGCGGGUUAGGUUCGCCGUGAGCGCCAGAGCCUCCUCCUUUGUCUUCCGCAACCUCGACGCCGACGACUUCCGCCACCCGCUCGAUAAACAGAACACGUUGAUUUUGAGAGCGAUUCCGGGACUAAAUGAAGUUGGGAAGGUUCUACUUGGAUCGGUAACGGAGCAAGUUAUGCUGCUUGAGAAUAUCGGAACAUCCCUUCUUGUUUCGGAGAAUCAGCUUUCUGAUCUGCAUAAAUUGAUGGUUGAAGCCGCGGACAUACUCAACAUUGAUGCUCCUGAUCUAUAUGUUCGUCAAAGUCCUGUACCAAAUGCAUACACUUUGGCUGUAAGUGGUAAAAAGCCAUUUGUUGUGAUCCAUACUAGCCUAGUGGAGCUUUUGACACGAGAAGAGUUGCAGGCUGUUUUGGCUCAUGAGUUGGGUCAUUUGAAAUGCAACCAUGGUGUGUGGCUUACAUUUGCGAAUAUCCUUACCCUUGGAGCUUAUACCAUACCUGGGCUUGGUGGCAUGAUUGCUCAGAGUUUAGAAGAGCAGUUAUUUCGUUGGCUUCGAGCAGCAGAGCUAACUUGUGAUCGUGCAGCCCUUCUUGUUGCGCAAGACCCAAAGGUGGUCGUCUCUGUGUUGAUGAAACUAGCUGGUGGAUGCCCGUCCAUGGCUGAUCAACUGAAUGUGGAUGCAUUUUUGGAACAAGCUCGCGCUUAUGAUAAAGCUUCUUCAAGCCCUGUAGGGUGGUAUAUAAGAAAUGCACAAACGAGGCAACUUUCACAUCCUUUGCCAGUGCUACGAGCUCGUGAAAUUGAUGAAUGGUCAAGAAGCCAAGAAUAUGGAAAUCUGCUUAAACGAGCAACAAGGAUAGCUGCUGGAUCAAAAAUUUUAACAACCCCUGGAAGAUAGGGCCAAGGCAAUGUGAAACGGUACCUACUUGGUCUAAUUACUAGAAUGUGAAAAAUCAUUUUGCCCUUCCAUUGGUGGUCUCAUAGAUACAAUAAUCAUCGAGUAAAGCUCCUUUUAUGUUUCAUUUAUAUAGCCUCAUUGCCCUCACAUAGCAACAGCGAACUGGGAGCUUUGGGAAUAAAGAGGAUUUGCUUAGCAUUGUUGUGCACAAAAUCUUACUGUAAUUAAAGUCUGCAGAUUGCGCAAUGAGAUGGAGUCAUAAGUUGUAAGUUGAGUACUUUUGGGCCUUUGGCUAGUCAAUCUUUUGCAGUUCAAGAGAUGUAGUUUGUAUAAGUGAUAGAAAUGCUCCUCUUACAGUGAUUAUAGAAUUAGGUUGUUUAUAAUACUUUGGUACUUUCAUGGUGAACUCAUUAUGUAUAGUAUAUCCCUUUGUUGUAUAGUGUAUACACAUUCAUACUCUC